GUGCGGGUGCAACGCCACUCGCUUAUAAUUGUCGUCACCCUCUCUCUCCCUCCCUCCCUCCCUCCCCCAGCCCACCAGGACGAGUCCCAGUCAAAAUAUCGCACCUUUCGAGCUCCUUCCUCCUCCUCCCUCUUCUCCCUCCCCUGCUUCUCUUUCCUUUUAAGCCUCUCUUCGCUUCGCGUUUGCUCCUCAAGUUUGCUUCUCCACGCAGCUGACAGUUCCUUCCUCACCUCCCCCAAGGCCUAUACCCCCAGCUUCGUGUAUUUCAUCGAGCGCGCACACGGACGGGAGGAGGAGCUCCGACACAGCAGCAGCCGAGUAUUUCCGAGGAAAUUCAACUGGGUCGGUCCUGUUUUUUCGGUUUCUGGUGGCAAAGAAAUGAUGGGGUUCUCGUCCAAGGAGGAGCGGUCGAGGAGGGUGCUGCGAGGCGUGAAGACGGUCUUCUUCCUGAUCACCAUGCUCGUCUCCCUCCUCCUCUUCUCCGCCCCGAUCCUGCUGGUCAUCGCCGACACGCUCCUGCCGUCGGCCCUGCUCUCUGCUUCGCUCUCCCCCUCUUCGCAGUCCCUGCAGGACAAGCUCGCCGCCCACUUCGCCGACUACGAUUUCCGAUACUCCCUCGUCGAUAUCCCCCUCGUAUCCAUCGUCAGAUCGGCUAUUAUCAUCUGUGUGUACAGUCUGUGUGAUGGACCGAGGCUUUCAAGAGGGCCGUACUUGGGGAUAACGACCGUUUGCUCACUGCUGUCCCUGGCGUUCGUCUCGUUGAAGGCGUCUUAUGUGUUCAGCGUUCCGAACACGAGCAGGGGAGGAUACGGCAGAGCUUUGGAAAUGGCUCUCUUCAUGUCUUCUUGGCUUCUGGCGAUUGGUCAUAUCGUUGUGGCGUAUAAGAUCAGCUGCCGAGAGAGAAGAAAGCUUCUCGUUUACAAGAUUGACAUCGAAGCUACUGGGAAGGCGAGGGAAACUUCUGACGCCGUAAAUGGAAAAUGAGAAGGAUAAAAGGGAAGAAAAAGAUCACGUCUUUUUGCUUAGGGUCGAAGAAUUGAAAUGAGUUCAUCUAGAAGGUCAAAACUGCCGAGUAGGCUGGGCUAAACGUUGCCCCAGUCUUUUAAACCUUUUUUAGUCUCGCACUGUAUGCCUGUCAUGAUCCCUCCUUGUCCUUUUCUAAGUAAAAAGUCCCCAUCACAUGUAAAUCGAUUCAACAUCGGUUGUGAAGAAAAAAAACAAUUGAUUAUUCUAGCCUGCGGGAAAUUUCGUUGGAGUCCUAAUUUCAAGCGAAGGCUGACGCAUGUGAAGGAAAGCAUUGCACAUGUUUGGAGGUUAACCAUGUCUCUGGCCCAAAGGUUUAUACAUAAAAAAAAAAGGAAGAAAUGAUACUCAUGACUCAACAGUCCAUGAGGUAAAAGUCAUAGAGUCACUCUGCCAAAAAAAAGGGUUGGUGAAGCUUAGGUUAUCUUUUUUCUGGCCCAAAAAAGUAUAGGUAAUCUUUUAAUCUGAGCUAUGGUCCCCCAAUUACUGACCAAAUUCAUGUAUCGACUCAAUAGUCUCAUAGAAUUAGGGAUGGGCGGGGCAGGGCAGGUUAGCUCAGCCGCCCUUCAUAAUGUGUGUGUGUGUGUGUGAGAGAGAGAGAGAGAGAGAGAGAGAAUAUGUUGCUCUGGAUUGGACUAUGUUUGGUUGCCAUUUGCAAAUUUUUGCAACUGACAGCCACAACUUAUCAACAAGAAUAUAUGCCUACUCAUGUUCAUGUAGAUCCAGCGCAUCUUUGUGCUACUGCAUGUGCACUCUCUUUCUCAAUAAUAUUCCUCUGUUUCUUCUGAUCAGAGGAGAUAACAUUAUUAUUCACCAGAUUUUGUUCGUUCCUCACCUAAUUCAUAAAAUAGACACGGUCCCUAUUUGAUCGCCCGCAGUGCCGGACCACUUCCUCAUAACCAAUUUCGAACAUUAGGAAGCUAGUUUGGCUUCUGCCUUCUGCAAUAAUAGCUAUUGUACUGGAAAAAAUGACGCGGUCCUGGUCUAAAUUCAACGAUUAAUGUUAUCCCCACUUUUCUAACAUAUGCUUCAUGUUCUUCACAAUGUUCACAUCCAUUUGAGAAUUCAGAUUCUUGCUAGUGCUGUGACCCACGAAUGGCCCCCUCUGCAGCUAUAUCUCUAAGCUGUGCGGAGGGCCUGCCAACUGAUAAAACCCCCAUUUCAUAGCUGGCCACUGCUCUGUCCUGAUCUAUUCUAUGGACUAAUUCUCGACUUUAUAGAAUGAUCGAAAUUUGAAUACAUCCACUACUAGAUGGUCAGUGCCAUUCCCGCACAUCAUUGCCACCAGGAAAUUGGAAGUGGGGAAAUUAUUAAUCUAUUUGUGUCAUGCCUGCAGGUCUCGGCAUGCAAGAAUGGCUUCCCCAGAUAUCAGAAGAUUCUCCAAGAACAGAGAGAGAAAUGAGAAAGAAA